AUGCAACAACUUGUGCACACUUGGACUGAUGGGCAAGAUGGAAUGAUAGCUUUGGGGAUUCUAAUGUUCGGGUGUUGGGAGAUUUGGAAGAGCCGUUGUUGUGCUAUAUUUGAGGAUACUCCUAUGAACACCGUAACUAUUAUUCGGAAUAUGGCACCUUAUCUUACAGCCUUAAAUGAUGCCAUGCAGGUUAGGGCCUCGACGGGCAUGCAAGGGAGAAUUGUCUUGCAGAAUCUCAACAUUCGAAUAAAAGAAACGGAAACAAUUAUAGGCAGAUGGAUUAAAUGGCAGCCUCCAACUUCGCCUCAAGUAAAGCUCAACGUUGAUGGUUCAAGGAAAGGAGAUUAUUGCUCAGGUGGGGGUCUGAUUCGCGACAGUAAUGGGAAAGCGAUACGAGGUUUUUCUAAUUUCUAUGGAAAAGGGUCGCUUAUAUUUGCAGAAGCUCAAGCUAUUAGUGAUGGUCUAACACUUUGCUGGGAGAUGGGUUUCGAGCAAAUCACUCUUGAAUCGGAUUCCAAGCUCGUUGUUGAUAUGAUAUAUAAUAAAGUCUCGAUUGCAUGGGAGAUUCAAUACCUUAUCACUCGAAUUCAUCACCUCCUCAAAGAUACAUGGAUGGGUCGGCACAUUUAUAGAGAGGCGAAUGCUGUUGCUGAUGAAUUAGCUAAGAUGGCAUAUGAGCACAAAGAGAGAAGAUGA